AAGUACGUACACAUACCUACGUUCAGACAAUAAAAUAUGUACAUAUGUAAGCUUGAAUGGAAGAUUAGCGGGGAUAUCCUUUAUUUAUGAUAUAAUAUUUUUUUUAUGUAUUUAAAUGUUCAAUACAGAAUUUGUAGCGUUACCAAAUAUUUCCGAAUUUUAGAUCAAUUGAAACUGCUUGGCAAUAUUUACUUAACUUUUUAAAAGAAAAUGACGCAAACAGUGAGAUAGUAUAAUCAGUAACAAUAAAAUGUAUUUUUUUAAUUGGAAGUUUUGCGUCUUUUUUAAAGUUGUGAUCGCAGUUUGCGGUAUUUCUUCACAACCAUAUAUGAACUGUUCAGACAAUGGUUUACAGAGUUGCCCCAAAUAUUCCUCAUGUACAAAAAUAGGAGUAGAACAUGCAUGCGUCUGCGAACAAAAUUAUGUCCAAAAUCUGAAUUGGGGUAUUACAGACGAUAAAUUAACAUCUCAGUAUUGUGUUCAGAAUACAAAUGGAACAAAAAUUUACGUUCAACAACCAGCUAAGCCUAAAGAUGUAGCUUUAGGAAUUUUGAUGGUGUUAUUUCUAGCCACAUUUGCUACGGCCAUUUUAUAUUUGCUUAAAGUUUGUAGUCCUAUAACGCGAGCCAAAUACUCUUAUCAAAAGUUAAAUCGACGUCGUCAGAACAUUCAACAGCUCCAGGAAUUGGAUGUGAUUUCAUUAAAAUAGAAACUUAUUCCAAAGAUUGUAACCAAUUAUCAUAAUAAAUUGAAGGCUUUUCUAUACAAUUCCAAUUUUAUUCCAUUAUUCUCCUAUGUUUAAAUGAAAAUA